UCCACGAACAUCCGGGUCUCUUGUGCGUGAAUUCGAUUGCGCAGUGAAUAAUUUGUGUCAUCGAGUAUUUUCAAGGGGGAUCCCAAGUUGUAAUUUUAUUUACAGAAACUACAAAGUCCUAGCAGAAAUGUCUUCAGAAGAACCAGUCGAGUGUCCAUUGUGUAUGGAACCAUUGGAAAUUGAUGACAUCAAUUUCUUCCCCUGCACAUGUGGAUAUCAGAUUUGCAGAUUUUGUUGGCACAGAAUACGAACAGAUGAGAAUGGAUUGUGUCCUGCUUGCAGAAAACAAUACCCUGAGGAUCCUGCAGAGUUUAAACCUUUGACAGAGGAUGAACUACAAAGGAUUAGAAAAGAAAGAAGACAGAAGGAUCUGCAAAGAAAGCAAAAGGCUGCCGAGAACAGGAAACACCUAGCUAAUGUCAGAGUGGUACAGAAAAACUUAGUGUUUGUUGUUGGUCUAUCCAAAAAGUUAGCAGAUCCAGAAACACUAAAGAAACAAGAGUACUUUGGGAAGUUUGGGAAAAUUCAUAAAGUUGUGAUAAAUCAAAGUACUUCGUAUGCAGGAUCCCAGGGUCCAAGUGCCAGUGCAUAUGUAACUUAUAAUCGCUGUGAUGAUGCGCUUAAGGCCAUUUUAGCAGUUAAUAAUGUUCACGUAGAUGGAAGGACAUUGAAAGCAUCACUUGGGACAACCAAAUACUGUAGUCAUUUUUUGAGAGGUGCUCAAUGCCAAAAACAGGAUUGUAUGUAUUUGCAUGAAUUAGGAGAGGAAGCAGCAAGUUUUACCAAAGAAGAAAUGCAAAUGGGUAAACAUCAAGAGUAUGAACAAAAAUUACUGGAGCAGUAUAUGAAUUCACAGAAUUUAGCAAACAGCCAAUUGAGUAGCAGUAAAUCUAUUCCUAUACAGAAGAAAACAUCAUCUCCAAUAACAGUUACCACACCCUCAGAAACUCCUCCUACACCCACACAAACACACUCCCCACAGAGUGUAACUCCGCCUACCAAUUCAACUCCUCCCAACACAUCCAACAGAGAGGCGUGGCCCUGUCUACAGCAAGGCAAAAUAGACAACAAUCGACCCUCCAACCAUAAACCUGACACGAUUAAACCCAACCCUAGACUUAUAACAGACUCAGAAAACAGUUCUUCACAAAAGCCAACAGAUCCUCCAGUGUCCCCAUCAGUACCUCCCUUUAAACCCCCUCCCAGACUACCCCUGGGAGUGGCACUGAAACCAUUUGAGAAUCCAGCUACUAGUCUUUCACUCUUUAGCGGAAAUGGUUUUCACAGAAAUCAGAAAAUCCCAGUGCCAACACCCACAGAAGUUCCAGAUGUUCCCAGUACAGAAAUAGCUGACUCAAUCCCAGUGUCCAGUUGUGAAGAUUGGCAAGCAGCAUUUGGAUUCAGUUCCAAAUCUAGAGAUAUCCAGGAUGAUGACUUAGGUUUUGAUCCUUGGGACGAAUCUUCCAAAGGCCUAGCUGAUUUGUUAGAAAAGGAGAGCUCUUCACAAUCAUCACAGCCCCAAAGAACAAGUUUUUCUCAGCCAAAUCCACAAAACUUACCCCCAGGUUUUUCACUUAGCCAUAUACAGCAACAACAGCAACAACAUGCACAGCACCCAGCAUUCUUAAGAAAAGAUCUGGUUGGAAGUCGUAUGAUGAAUUUUCUACAACCACCUCCUAUGUACAAAAGUUUUAAUUCAGAAACACAAGAAAGUCAAAAAGUUCAAAAUCAGAAUGAUGUAUUCAGCACAAAAGAUUGGCAAGAUGGACUUCGGGCAUUAUUACCAAAUAUCAACAUCAGCUUUGGUGCUCCUCCCACAAACCCUGCCACCAAAUCUAAUCAUCAACCACAGAAAAAAUGGGGGGUUUCUACGCCAUCACAAAGUUGGAUGACAAAUGACCCAGCGAUUCUUUCUUCAGGAUCUCUCGCAAACAAUGGACUAUCAGAAGGUGCCCCACAUUGGUUAAAAUCAAUUCAUCAACUGACAGAAGUGGAAAGCUCACCUUUCAUGCAGCAUUUUCCACCCAGACAUUCGUAUUCUGCUGGCUGGCCUACUACACAGAAUCCACCACCAGGAUUCCAAUCUACAGUACAUCCCACAACACAGCACCCAGAGCCACACAAAAUCUCAGAAGGUCUUCAGUAAGUCUAAAAAAAAAAACUGGAUGCUUACAGAAAUAUCUCCCCUCCUGAGACUCAUCUUUAACCUGUACACCUGUUUGAGACAUCCAUUGGAGAAAAACUAAAUAGACACAGAGUAUAUAAUAGGAUAUUGGUCAGCAGUAGAAGGGAUUUUAACUUUAUACUGUAACCUCAGAUUUAGUCAGGGUAGUGUGAACGAGCAGUUGAUUUUACUUUUGCCUCUGGUCGUCUUGCUGAAUUCUAACAUACUGGUACAAUCACUGGAUGUCAGAUUAAAUAAAUAAGUACAAUUUUAUGCCUUUAUACACUGCUGUUGUAUGUGAACUUGCAGGUUUCGAACUAUAAAGAUCGCUUUAAGGGACAAGUUAAAAAGUAUCUGAUAUCUCAUAUUUUGUGAUAAUUGUAUGGUAAUCAUCUAUGUGUGUUAAUUUAUUUUCUAUUUCACUAGUUCAUGAUAGAUUUAUAUACUUGUCGCCCUUGCCAGGACUUGACCAGAGGUAAAUAUCCAAGGUUUCUUCUCCAAAACAGCAUUUAAAUAAGUGCUCCCUUGUUUUAGUUGACAUAUACUAUGUAUUGGGCAUUGACUGCCAUUGUAAACACAGGCAAAUGCUGAGGGGGUGUGUUGGAGGGGCAGCACAACUCAGCCUGGGUUUUAACAUCAGACAGUAUAACAUUAAAUGUUUUAAACAACUA